AUGGAGAAUGAAACAGAGGAAAUAACAGUGAAACCUGAAUUUGUGCAAAUAGAGGUAAAAGUAGAACCGUUUAUCGUAGAAUCGAAUACAGACACGCAAAACAUAAAAGACGCAGACGAAAGUGAUUCCGACGAGCCAGAAGAUGAUUCUGCUGUUAAAGUGAACUCAAAGGGUAAGAGAAACAGAGUGUCAUGUCCAAAAUGCGAUCGGACGUUAAAAAACCAAGCGAACUUGAAGCAACAUCUACGAACUGUACACUUGGAAGGAGCUGAGACUGUCGAGUGUUCUCAAUGCUUUCGUGUGUUCAAAUCAAGAGAGUACCUCUGGAAUCACAUUCAUGCAGUGCACAGGAACGAUAAGGAAGUGAAUUGCAAGGAAUGCGGUAAGGUAUUUCUAAACAAACGUCGGCUAGACAACCAUGUAUAUUACACGCAUCGCGAUGUAACUCCGAUACCUUGUCCACAUUGUGAUAAAGUAUGUAACGGACAGCGGAAACUCAAAUUACAUAUACGUAACGUGCAUACAAUACAGGACAACAUUCAAUGCCCGCACUGUGACAAAAUGUUUAGAAUCGAGACGCUACUGAGGAAACAUAUCACCUACUCGCACGCGACAGACGAUAUAGAGUACAAAUGCCCUUGCGAUUUGAUAUUUACGUCAUACAUACGAUACAAGAAACACAUGAACAACGUGCACCCAGUCAGUCAACCGCGUUGCCUCAUCUGCCAUAAGUCAUACAAAACUCCGGCUAUCGCGAAGAAACAUCUACGCGUGUGCCACAACAUACCUAAAGACGAUUUGAACAACCACAUAACCUACAACGAUUUACCCGAACUGAUAAAUGAGCCUGAAUGUAGUACAUGCGCAAUUUGCUUCAAAACAUUCUCCGAUAAAGUCGUGUUUCUACGCCACAUGCGAACGACGCAUCCUCCAAAGGAAGCGGAGCAAGCUUGCGAUGUCUGUCAGAAGACGUUCAAAUCCGCGUUCCAUGUAAGGGUACAUAAGUCUACAGUACAUUCUACUAAGGGGAAAGAGACAUGUGAUCUCUGCGGUCGAGAGUUCGCGUCCAAACGGUAUUUAUCACGACACAAAUUGACGCACGUUGUACAUAACUUGGCGCAAUGUAAUAUUUGUGAACGGAUAUAUCAAUCUGAAGCACAUUUGAGGAUACAUAAUAGAAGAGUGCAUGAAAAGACUAUUAUUGGUGUUUGA